CGACACUCGGCUUCACCUCUUUGUGCGUGCGCGCGUGCGUGUUUGUGCGUGUGCGAAUGGAUAUGUCACUCAUAGAAGCAUCUCCCAAGCAACACGAGUUUGGAUCGUUGUAAAACAUUAAGCUCAGAUUGAGGUGGAGACUGUUGUCCAAUCAGCAGCAGGAGGAAGGUAAUGCUGAUUUAACGUUUUAUCGGUCGAUAUCCAACUGUAAACUACUUUAAAAUGGUGUGUGUGGAUAUAACGACUGCCGUUGUGUCUCCCUUCGUAUGCUGCUCUAGUCAUGGAGUCCAAAAUCUCCAAACUGCACUUGAAAUUUGCAGAGAAAACCUGGCAUGAAACCUUUCAACUCGUCCGAAGAUGCAUGGUGAAACCAACCAACUCCACAUACGUGUUUCUACUCUGAGUUGUAUGCACGGGACGGGCCGUUAUUGCUUGUUUCACACAGUUUACUGGUUAAUAUGAUGCUGAUUUUUAAAUGGGGAACUGGUGUGGCGAUGCACUGGGAAUGAGCUCAUCUGACCGGCAACACACCACGUCUUUGUUGUUGGGUCGGUUUGUGCACCAUGGACACUGACUUGGGUUCACAUGGACCACAUGGCAUAUAGUUUGAGUAGAGAGCCCUUUUGCAACAACACAAAGUUGUUGUUUUUUAUUAGAUUUGGCUUCUGGUCAUGGCUUUGUUUCUAAUACAUUUGACACUCAAUCAACAUUUGUUCUCCGAAAGAUGCUCCACUUGCAGAUGGAUACGAUCGUGGCUUUAAGAGUCUCACGCGAUGCUUCGCAGAGUCCAGUGUCUUUUUUUUCUUCUUCCGCCUGACAAAAAAAAGGCUGCAAUGUGGAUUUAGCACUGGGAAAACAAGACGUGUGCUUUGGGCUUUGAGAGGGACAAACCCAAGGACAAAUCCCAACCCUGUAAGCCGCUGGUCAGCUCCCUGGAACGGCUCCAGGAAGUGUUUAAUGUGUCCUCUAUGAGAACCAUGAGGUCCCGUCUGGAGAUGAUUGCCAAACAGCAAGGAAUGGGCUUCCACCUUACCGAGGCCACCUGCUACCUGACGGCAGAGCUGUUCUACCUGGAGGUGGUGUUGCUGCCCUACGGUGGGGUGGAGGAGGUGAAGGUGGCCCCUCACGGAAAAUCCCCCGUUCCCAGCGAGUCCUUUCUCCAGCUGCUGAGGUCAAAAGAUUUUGACGAGUUCUCUGUGAAGCUGGCGGGCCUCUUCACGCAGUACAACAUCCCAGGAGACGAGUAUACCGGCUCUUUAACCGUUAUAAUUAUCUGUACCAUGCAGUCAUUUAACUCUUUGUGUUUUAUUCUUUUAUGUUUCAGUGAAACUCGUUUGAAAUUGUUUUCGUCCAUGCAAUGGCUCUGGAGAGACCUGCAGCAAAUAUCCCAACUGCCAAGCGUGCCAAAGGACUCAGACCCCCGAGUGGACAUGAUUAACCACGGCAGAAGCGGGUGUCUGAUAGCUGGACAAGAAGAUUGCCCCAUGACCAUCCAGUUCCACACCGCCCCGACCGAUGGCACGAAGGCCUCAGAUCGACCUCUUCUCUUUGAAGAAACGGCCGCCGCGGAGACGCUGGUCCAGGCCGCCCGGGUGACCGUCGGUGUCAGCGAUGCGGCUCACAGGCUCCAGAUGGCGUCGCUGCUCCCACAGCCUCCACAGCUGGAUCCCCAGGGUCAUCCUGUGUUCCUGUCGUUUGCCGAGGCGCCACACGAGACGCUGCCCGCCUGCUUUCUCCUCAAACUGCAGCCGGCGGUACCCAUGACGUUGUCUUUUGUCAACGGGCUCAGACAGAUCACAGAUGUUCCCAUACCCGAUGUUGACCUGCAGUGGGCACCCUUACCCAAGCUUCUGACAGGGCGUUCGCUGGGUUCAGUGGAUGAGCAGGAUACCAUUUACACCGUGGGAAUCGAUGGCGUCUCUGUGCAGCCUCUCCCCGGCGGCGCGGCGCAGCGCUACGUCCUCCUGGCGGCGGCGUGGGAGGAGCCUGCCCAGAGGGCGGCGGCGGUGCACAGCGUCCCUUUCACCCACCCGGCCCACGUGCCGGCGCUGCUGCAGCUGCUCCGGCACCGGAGCGCCAUCAACGCGCUGCUGAGGAGCUGCAUGGGGCCCCCGGGGGACGCAGCAGCAGGUUCGUUUUGUGGCCUGCACUUGGAAGUCCUCCCGGAGUCUGAGACCAGCUUUUCUGUGACCUUCCAGCGACCCGACGCCGACUCGCUCGCCGUCUUGCUGGUGAACGUACGUGAUUCCAACCAGAUUACCUGCACUUUGUUCGGCUCCGGAAUCGUGGAUCCCUCUUUAGAUGAAUACCUUUCCUGCGUCAUGAGGAGGUUCAUGUCCGUUCCCGUGACCUUGAAGACGUUGCACGGAAAGCUGGAGGAGUUCUCCUCUGCUCCGCUCUCUCCGGGGCGCCCGCCCACCGCCGAGGCCGACAAUGACCACUCGAGCGCCGCCGCCGUGACCGACCCCAACGGCGCCCUGGCCGCACACUCCCAGAGUGCAACGGGGCCGGAGGAAGGCUGCGCCGCAGCCGAAUUCUGAGCUCCUUUCUGAAACAAACGCUGGCGACUCGUACCCGUUCGCUCACGCGGAUGUUUUCUCCAAUGAAUAAAUGUUUUGGCAAAGACCAA